AUGCCCGGCGCUCUCAAAUCCACCGCUUGCCAGACGUGCAAGACACGCAAAUCAUCCCACAGUCCUCGCUUGGCAAUGCAUUUGAGAGACACCAAUUCUAACUUUUCAUGUGUUGCCCCCUUUCAGUGUGACGAGGAAUGGCCUACAUGCACCCAGUGUAUACGAAGGAGCUUGGCAUGUCCUGGACCAGCCUCCUUGAUCAAAUUUGUCAAUCGCCAUCAUGACGAGGACCAGAGAAGACUGCCAGUAGAGAACAAGGCUAGUCAUGGAGUCGGGGUCUUGGAGCCUCUUCGGAGCAAACGACACCGUCCAUCAGAAGGCACAAAGAACCCAGCAGGUGCUGACAAGGCUCUAACGAAAACAUUUCGUUUCCGAACCACGGCGCGGCCGAAUUUGACCACGACAGCAGACCGCGUUGGUUCCCGCAUUUUUUACCAUCUCGAUGGCAAACGAGACUGGGGCUGGGUGUUCUCGAUGCACUACCUGGAGGAUCUACCGAGACGCCUGUCAGAGAGCACCAGUUUACAGCAUACCGCUGGUUUAUUUUGCACCGUCUUUGGAGAAUAUCGUCGUGGCGAGCCAGCCAAGGAAUUCGUCACCUUGCCUGCCUAUGGCAAGGCGCUUCGUAGCUUGCGGCGGGCAAUUGCACCGGGUAAAACGUUGACCGUGGAGACAUUAGCAUCCAUCAUGAUGUUGGAACGUACAGAGAACGUUUUCAAUCGAGGGCGUGAUGCUCUAUGUGUAACUCAUUCAGCGGCCGUCGCAGAUAUUGUACAACAAUUAGGGCUUCCAAAGUCUGAUGACGGACUCCACCGUGGUCUGGUUACUGACAGUUAUGGCACGAUGGCACUUUACUUCAUGAACAAGGGCCGCAACAACUUCAUAACAGAAGAUCCGUGGGGCGAACUUGUUGCAAACACUAUGGCUUCGUUUAUUGAAAGCGAGGAGCUAAGACCGUAUUUCAAACAAAGUCUUAUUACAUAUAACGAGGUCUUCAGGUCAGCACGGGACUUGAUACUUCGCUGCCAGAUGGUCCGUUCUGGGCCCCAAGAUGCGGAAGCCUCAGAACAACUGAUCAGAGAUCUUGCUGGCACUGAGAACGCCCUAGAAAGUGCAUAUAGCGAGUUACUCAAGAAAUCUUCUGAUCUAGGCCUAAUACACGAAAAGGAUGAUCCCGGCUCUAUCGCUGGAAGUACCUAUCGGCCGUCACUCGUCCGCGUGGCUCAAACCAUGAUAUCAUCAAUCGGCCUACGACUUAACUUACUGCGGAUGCUUUAUGAUUGCAGCGUCAUCCAUGGUGCCGACGAUGUUGAGUUCUUAUUUACGAGAUUCAGAAAUUUAUGUGUGGAGGCGUGGAAGCUCAUACCCUUUGUUCAAAGUCUAGAGGCCUGCGUUGCAUCAAGCUCAAUAGCCUAUCUUUUCCCGACUCUUGAAGUGGCAAAUGCUGAAGAAAAAUUCAUCGAUUGCCUAGAGAGAGAGACGCGUUGGAGAAAAUGGCCAUAUAUCUCACCAUGA